CCGAUGGAUAUUCAAGCAUCCACUAUUCGUCAAAAUGAAGUCGGUUUUGAUGCUAGUUUUCGCUUUGGGCCUGAGCUCAGCUCUUCCCAGCAACAAACCUCAUCCCCUAUCCGAUGAGUACAUUGCGCAAAUCAACAGCAAACAGUCCACAUGGAAAGCGGGAAGAAACUUUGCAAUUGACGAGUACGAGCUGUUUAAAUCGCUGGCUUCUGGUGUGAAAAAACCACAAGGUCUGAAAACAGCUCAGAAACUAGUUCGCGAGAUUACCGAAGAAAUUCCUGAGUCCUUUGACUCGCGCACAGCUUGGCCCGAAUGUACACAGAUCAUUGGAAUGAUUAGAGAUCAGUCCCGAUGUGGAUCUUGCUGGGCAUUUGCGGCCGUAGAAGCGAUGUCUGACCGAAUUUGCAUCCACUCAAACGCUACCAAGAAGCUGUUGGUUUCCUCGCAAGACUUGCUUACGUGUGGAACAGCAGGCGGUUGCAAUGGAGGAUGGCCCGCAGUCGCCUGGAGCGACUGGACUAACGGAAUUGUUACUGGUGGACUUUAUGGAGCUCUUGAACAGGGAUGCAAAUCGUACUUUUUGGAAGGUUGUGACGACCAUCCCAACAAAUGCAGAGACUAUGUGAGCACUCCCGCUUGCGUUGAGCAGUGCGACGAGCCGUCGCUGUACUACAAGGCCCAAGAAACUUACGGUCAAACACCAUACGAGAUUCAAGGAGAGGAACAGAUCCAAUACGAAAUUAUGACCAACGGACCCGUGGAAGCCACCAUGGACGUUUAUGUGGACUUUGCCCAAUACCAAAGUGGAAUCUAUCAACUUACCACUGAUGAGUACGAAGGCGGUCACGCGGUCAAGAUCCUUGGAUGGGGAGUUGAGGACGGUGUCAAGUACUGGCUGGUAGCGAACUCUUGGAACGAACGCUGGGGAGAAAAUGGAUUGUUCAGAAUCAUCAGGGGACGAGACGAAGUCGGCAUUGAAAGCACAAUAGACGCUGCAUUACCUGACUUUACUAGAUUUUAGAUCGAUGUUUCGUUAUAGGUAAAUUAUUCAUUAUUAAACACAUUUUCAUACA